AUGUGGUGUUCCACCCUCUUCACAAGCGUUCUCGCAGCCGCAGCGACGGUCCAAGCGUACAGUGUGAAGACGCAUGUCAACUACACGGUAGUCACUGGUAUCUUUCAGCAGGACGAUGCGGCAACGGAUGCUUCGAGCUUCAAUUUCACAGCGCAAAACUUUGGCUUGAUCGAGAGGAAGUAUCCAAGUGAUGGGACAUACUGGGGGAGGAAACCCACCAGCUGGCAGAGGCUGAAUCACUACAUCGACACUUUGAAUCGCAAGGCAAGGUAUAACGAACGGUAUACUCUGCUCUUCCUCGGAAGACACGGUGAAGGCUACCACAACGCCGCGGAAACCUACUUCGGUACUCCAGCCUGGAAUUGCUACUGGUCCGAGAAGGAUGGCAACUCCACCGUAACCUGGGCGGACGCGCACCUCACCCCCAAGGGUGUCUCCCAAGCACAAGACGUCAACCGUUUCUGGAAAAAGCUCCUGACCACGGAGAAAAUCGCGGCGCCACAGACAUACUACACCAGUCCUCUCUUCCGCUGCCUCGAUACCGCUCGUCUAACCUUCUCAGGCCUUCCUCUCCCAAGGAAGAGCCCGUUUGUCCCGACUAUUAAGGAGUACUUCCGCGAGGGCAUCUCAGCUCAUACAUGUGAUAGACGUAGCAACAAGACGUACAUUCACGCCAACUUCCCCACCUACAAGUUCGAGAGGGGCUUCGCUGAGCAUGAUCCCUACUGGACGGAGCUGCACGCCGAACCCUCCGCUGACCAGGAUAUCCGGAGCAAGAAGGUUUUGGAUGACGUUUUCAGCAAUGACAAGAGCACGUACAUCAGUGUGACUGCGCACUCGGGAGAGAUUGCGAGUCUACUGCGCGUCCUUGGCCACCGUGUGUUUGGACUCUCUACCGGCGCAUCGAUACCCGUGCUGGUCAAAGCGACAACGAUCAAGGGAAGUGGUCCGAGUACUACCACAGUGCCGUAUACGGCUCAGAAGACGUGCGCGGCACCACCCACGAUAACGGAUUCGAGCUGUAAUGAUUGCUCUUGCUGCUCGUAG